AUAUGGGUUUUUAAGCUUACAAGCUAGAAAAGCCAUUAAGUGAUGGCAACCCCCAGAGUGCCAUUUUUCAUUAUCAUGGUAUUCUAGCAUUUAGAAAAGAAAUAAGAUUUGGAGCAUCUUUCAUCUCCUCACUGUUCUUGUCUUUGGUUCCAAAAGGAAUUUAAAACAAUUGGGAAUCGUACAAAAUAAAUAUAAAAGUUUAAACUAUACCAAACCAGUGCUACUAUCUCCUCUUUUGAAAGCCGCCUACUUGUUACCAUAUUCUUCCAAUGCUUUCUCUUACUUUAUCAAUCUCCUGUUCGACUUCCUCCUCACUUCAACGGAAUAUUCCCUUUCCUUCUCCUCUUAAAAAAACUCUCCACCCACAAAGAAUUAAGGAGCAACAGUCACCAUGCGCCUCCUGGACCUAUUUGUCAUUGCUUCUAUGCCAGUUCUGAAAGUACUCCUACUCACAGGACUUGGCUCGUUUUUGGCAUUGGACCAUGUCAAUAUCUUGGGGGAGGAUACAAGGAAGCAAAUAAAUCAAGUUGUUUUCUAUGUGUUUAAUCCAGCCCUAGUGGGUAGCAACUUGGCUAAUACAAUUACCAUUGAAAGCAUGGAGUUGUUGUGGUUUAUGCCAUUCAAUAUCCUUGUUACAUUUAUUAUUGGCUCUGCAUUGGGAUGGAUACUUAUAAAAAUCACAGGCCCUCCAAAACCUCUAAAAGGUCUCAUAUUGGGUUGCUGUGCAGCAGGAAACAUGGGAAAUUUGCCUUUAAUCAUCAUCCCAGCAAUCUGUAAGGAGAAAGGCAGUCCAUUUGGACCCCCUGAUGUUUGCUACACAAAUGGAAUUGCUUAUGCUUCACUUUCAAUGGCGAUAGGUGCAGUUUAUUUGUGGUCUUAUGUUUAUAACAUUAUAAGGAUUUGCUCAAGUGAGAUGAACAAAGAAGUUGCUAAUGUCGACAUGAAGGCCAAUGGAGGAACACCAAAAUUCAUCCAGGAGAAUAAUUACAAUUCCAAAGAGCUUACAUAUGGCUUAUUGCUUCCUGAUAAUAUAGAGUCUCAAACAAAUGCCAAGACUUUCUCCUGCACACGAAUGGUUUGGGACAAGAUCAAGAAAUGCAUAAGAAUGAUUUCAGAAAAACUUAAUCUCAAGUCAUUGCUUGCACCUUCAACUACUGGAGCGGUUGUCGGGUUUGUCAUCGGAUUGGUCCCUCAAAUUCGAAAGCUGUUGAUUGGAGCUGGUGCCCCUCUUCGUGCAGUUGAAGACUCUGCUUUUUUACUUGGGGAUGCAGCCAUUCCAAUUGUGACCCUGAUAGUUGGAGGAAACCUUCUUAGUGGUUUAAAAGGGUCGGGAAUUCGUUUCACUCUCAUAGUUGGAAUAUUAGCAGUUAGGUACAUUUUCCUGCCUCUUCUGGGCAUUAUCACAGUAAAAAGUGCAGUGCGUUUUGGUCUGGUGCAUUCAGAUCCCUUAUAUCAAUUUAUUCUUCUGCUGCAAUUUGCCGUCCCACCAGCAAUGAAUAUAGGCACAAUGACUCAGUUGUUUGGAACUGGACAAAGUGAAUGUUCUGUUAUAAUGUUGUGGGCAUAUGCUUUGGCUUCGGUUUCGCUAACAUUAUGGUCAACCAUUUUCUUGUGGAUGGUAUCAUGAGUAGUGAGUGCAUCUGCAAAUUGGGUAAUCACCCAAAUUCGAAUUUCACCUUCCCACUCUCUGUAACCAAGAAAAGGAGAAAAAUCCUGAAUGCUGAGUACCUGAAUAUGUUGAGAAAAUUAUUAUUCAAAUUGUUUGGAUUAUGGUUUGUAGUAAAUGUAAAACAAAUCUUUUUCAACACUAA